AUGGAGGAGAAGGAAGAGAACGCAAUCCACAGGAAAGGCUUUCUAGAGAAUUUUAAUGAACUCUUUUAUGAAAGAAAAAGAGCUUCUGAAAACCUCUGUAAAGAAAAUCUCGACAAACUCGACAACCUUGAAACCGAAAUCCACCAAAAUGCAUCCGUCUCGACAGUGGAACUUUCCGAAUCUCAAAAUGAUCAUCCAUCAUCUCGCAAUGGAAGCUCAAGCUCCAGCUCAAAUACCAGCUCAAAGAAAGAAAAUCGUUACAUUGUCGAAGACGCCGAGUCUGCAACUUCCUCGAGCUCUUCUUCUUCCGACAGCGAGGACGAGAGAAAGAUUGAUGUUUCUUUUGAAAAGAAAGGAAAGUCGGUCGAGUCGAGUUUUCACAAGUUUUAUACUGACUCUGAGGAAGAAAGUGCAAAAGUCGACAAAUCAAGCUCAGAAAACGAGGAUCAGCUCGAAGUCACAUUCGAAAAAGAGCCGAAAAGAGUAGAAGCCUGCAUUUGGGACGAGGAAACCGCCUCGGAUGAGCAAUCAGAUGUCGAGAUUUCGUUCCAACAAGCGCCCAAAAAGGUCGAAUCAAGUUUCUGGGAUGAAGAAACCGCCUCGGAUGAAAAAUCAGAAGCAGCGGAUGAAAAUGUUUUCCACAACGAAAAGUCCGAAUUCAGAGCGCAAAAGCCCUCGGAGCCUGAUUCUAUCGCUGCUCCUCUGACAUCUGCCAGUACGUUCUGCGACACAACUCUAGAAGAUGACACUACAACAGGCUUUUCGCUGAAAACAACGACUGUAUUCACUUCCGAAUGCGAGAACAAAGAAGGUCUUGCAACUCGCGACAUUAUCCACACUGCGACGAAUGAGGAUGACAAAGACGACCUCGUUCUCAAAUACGAGAGCUCAGCCCCUGGAACGAUCACUUUUCCGAAGAAACAGACCUUCGGGGGUGUUGAAGAGUGCUUCAUCGAAUUUGAAGAUCCACAAGAACUCAAGGUACGAAAAGAGCAGCAGAAACAGCUAAAGAUUACAACAACAAGUCGCAAAGUCGAAACGGAAGUCGAAUCUGAACCAGAAUUUACCUUUGAAGAGACGAAACAGGUUCACUCGAGAGUCAAACUCAAGGGCUCAGAUUAUGAAAAUGACAAAUCACCGAAGCUAAAUCAAUCUCUAACGGCGAACAUGACUCUUCAAGGCUACACAACAGGUUUCACCGAUGGCGAAUCAACACACGAUGAACUUGGCGACACGAUCCAGCGACACUCCAUCUUCAUCUACAAAGGUCAAAAUCCUACCUGGCGAGUUGGCCCGAUUCUAAAUGAUCCCCGCUGCUGGCUGUCGUCAAGCGCGGAAGGGGAUUACGAGAGCUUCAUGAAGGGAGAAAAGCAAUGCCGAAGCUUUCACUACUGGAUGGAGUUUGGCCGCGGCGGUUGGGUUCGAUCUGGAAUCUUCAGCAUUCGAGAAUAUGGUUUUGGCGCGCAAAAUCUAGGACAUUGCAAUGGCACUUUUAAUGCGGCUUGGAAGUCAAAGGUCAUUCCGGGCAUUUACGAUCGCAAAGUUGAUGAAAACGGCGAUCAUUAUUUUGAGCGGACGGCGUUUGCGAAGGGCACUCCAAGUAUGGCUGGAAUCGUCGAUGGGGAAAGCAGCGAUCUGCCUCCUUUGAUGAUGCGGGAGAAAGUGACAGUCAGAAGCUCUGCGGAUUUCUUAGUCGAGAAAUCAGGACGAGUAGACUUCAAGCCUAAAGAGCAUGCACCAAUUGUUCCGGCCGAAGAUGCUGUUGAUGGACCAGGGCUUCAAAGAGGCGAGUCAUUCAAACGCGAGGAAAUGCGACUGAAUUCAGACUCGCAUGACAUCGAAAAGAGAGUUCCCUAUUACCUCUACAAGCAUUCGAACUGCUGGAAGAUUGGCCUAACUGCCGGAGCCGCUAGAGCGGUUCUGAUGACGUUAGAAACUGACUUCAGAAAACUUGACAGAGCAAAAUGGAUCGAGGUCGAAAGAAACACAAGAAACUCGAAAAAAAUGAAGGAUUCUCAAGUGUUGAUCAAAAAACAUCCCUUUGCUCACAAUCUAGUGCAAAUCGAAGCAUCGUUGAGGUCCCAAGAGCCCAUAUCCGGAAUUUACUACGAGCUUGAAGAUCAGGAAAAUGUUUGGAAGCUGACAACAUCGAUUUAUGUCACUGGGAAAUUCGCAACAGAGUGGAAAAACGCCACGCUUCCUGGUUGGUAUGACCGAAUAGACAUUGUUAGAACGGUAUCUAGUUUGUGGAUCAGUGAGUCCACUAACCGUCUUGCGAAUACAUCUUGGGACCCCGAAAAUAUCUUUGAAGGGUUUGAAAAUGACGUUCAAGAGCAUACACGACCAUUGCAAGACUUUGGACUAUGCUUGCUCCGCGAAUACACCUCGACAGCAGAUGCUCUUCACUACCAGAUUUGCGACAAUCGAACAGUGGCUUCAUUUCUUUGUGAAAACGAUGAUUUGGACUUUGCAAUCAAGACCUUUUUGAACAAGACUUUUCUUGACGAAAAUUUGAAUUCGAUGACCGAAGAGGUUGAAGUAAAGCAAUUUUGGAAGGAAGUUAUUUCGAGGCCAGACAGCUUGCCUGCUGGUUGGGGCAAAAUAUGGAAUCGAAGUCCUCGAAAAAUACUGGAUGCGGCAUCGCAAUGCGAGAAAGAGGGAUCAAGACUCUUUCACCCAGCACGAAUGAAUGAUAAGAAUUUUAAACAGAAUUAUUUGCCGCAUUUUACAAUCGAUAUUCUCUGGCUUGAUGGAUAUCAAAUAGAUGAUCAGUUAAUGCACUUUCAGACUAAUGAAUUUGUACGAGAAAAAGAUCUUCAAGCUGUAAGAUUUGCACCUAAUUGGGUAUAUCACACAGUUUCUUCUGAUGGCCCCGAAGAUGAUCGUAUUUAUACGAAUCCAUACAAGUUCACUUUUUUCCAGAAGGGAGGCUAUCUCAAAUCGGCACCUGGGUUUUCUAAAGCGCAAUUUAUGUGCAUGAAGGUGAUCGAAGAAUAUCCUGCUAUUGAAAAAUUUCGAAUGAUUGAAACAAAAAUAGAAAGAAAUGGAAAUGAUGCUCUAAGUGAAUCUGAUCGAAAUUUUGUGAUUGCUAUUUCUCUUGUUAUCUGUGCAUUUUUCUCGAUUUCAUCAUUUAUUGGCUUCUACGUAAAUAGCGAAUAA